AUGGCGUCCAAACGCAAGGCCUCGGCAAUGGCCAAUGCAGUCAGCGAGGAGCCUGUCGACCCAGCCGAUGAGCUGAAGUUUCUCUGCCUUGGCGGCGGUAAUGAAGUUGGUCGGUCCUGCCAUAUCAUACAAUACAAGGGCAAGACUGUCAUGCUUGACGCAGGUCAGCACCCCGCGUAUGAUGGGCUGUCAGCGCUCCCAUUCUUUGAUAUUUUCGAUCUCAGCACUAUCGAUGUACUACUCAUCAGCCAUUUUCACAUAGACCAUGCCGCCUCAUUGCCAUAUGUCCUGGCCAAGACCAACUUCAAGGGACGGGUUUUUAUGACACAUCCCACCAAAGCCAUUUACAGAUGGCUUAUCCAGGACAGCGUGCGCGUCGGUAACACCUCCAACGAAUCAUCGCAGCCUGUGUAUACAGAGCAGGACCAUGCCAGCACCUUUCCGAUGAUCGAGGCCAUCGACUAUUACACUACACACACUAUCUCUUCUAUCCGAAUCACACCUUACCCGGCAGGCCACGUUCUAGGCGCUGCCAUGUUCCUUAUUGAAAUCGCAGGGCUCAACAUCUUUUUCACUGGCGACUAUUCCCGAGAGCAUGACCGUCAUCUUGUCUCGGCAGAAGUUCCGCGGGGCGUUAAGAUUGAUGUCUUAAUUACCGAGUCCACAUACGGGGUGGCCUCACAUGUGCCGCGCAUCGAGAGGGAGCAAGCCUUGAUGAAGUCGAUCACCGGCAUUCUGAACCGCGGUGGGCGCGCCUUGCUGCCCGUGUUCGCACUUGGUCGGGCCCAAGAACUGCUCUUGAUCCUUGACGAGUACUGGGCCAAACACCCCGAGUAUCAGAAGAUACCGAUUUACUACGCAAGCAACCUGGCCCGGAAGUGCAUGGUGGUGUAUCAAACAUAUAUAGGAGCUAUGAAUGAUAACAUCAAGCGCCUCUUCCGGGAACGCAUGGCCGAGGCUGAGGUUACUGGGGACGGUGCGGGUAAAGGUGGUCCAUGGGAUUUCAAGUACAUCCGGUCUCUGAAGAGCCUUGACAGGUUCGAGGACGUUGGAAGCUGUAUCAUGCUCGCCAGCCCUGGUAUGCUUCAAAGCGGCGUGAGCAGAGAGCUCCUUGAGAGAUGGGCACCCAGCGACAAGAAUGGUGUCAUUAUUACCGGUUAUAGUGUUGAGGGCACCAUGGCCAGACAAAUAAUGCAGGAGCCCGAGCAGAUUCAGGCUGUCAUGACUAGGAAUGCGGCCAGUGCUCGCAGGGCCCCUGGCGGUGACGCAGAGAAGGUGAUGAUUCCUCGGAGAUGCAGUGUCCAGGAAUACUCCUUCGCGGCUCACGUCGACGGAAACGAGAACAGAGAGUUCAUCGAGGAGGUUGCCGCACCAGUGGUGAUUCUUGUGCAUGGAGAACAGCACAACAUGAUGCGGUUGAAAUCCAAGCUUCUCUCUCUCAACAGCAACAAAUCCGUCAAGGUCAAGGUCUACAGCCCAAAGAAUAUGGAUGUACUUCGUAUCCCGUUCAAGCAGGACAAGAUUGCAAAGGUUGUUGGCAAGCUCGCGUCAAUUCCUCCACCCACUCAUCUCCCAACCCCAGAGGAUGACACCCAGUUGGUCACUGGUGUCCUGGUCCAGAAUGACUUCAAGCUAUCAUUGAUGGCCCCAGAGGAUCUACGGGAGUAUGCAGGUCUCACCACAACGACCAUGACUUGCAAGGAGCGCAUCCGGCUCAGUGCCGCGGGCAUCGACCUCAUCAAGUGGGGCCUCGAGGGCACCUUUGGCAAGAUUGAGGAGCUACCAGAGAUGAAAAACGACCUGGAGAGCAGCAACGGCGUUUCUGCCAACGGCGAGAUCGAGCCCGCUGACGGGGAGACCAAGAAACUCGUCGCCGCCUACCGUGUGAUGGGUUGCGUGGUUGUUCGAUACCACAACAACGGCGAAGUUGAGCUUGAGUGGGAAGGCAACCUGCUAAACGAUGGCAUCGCCGACUCCGUCCUCAGCGUGCUGCUCUCAGUCGAGAGCAGCCCGGCAGCCGUCAAGCGGUCCGCUCAGAAGCACUCCCACUCGCACGACCACAGCCACACCGACCUCCCGCCGCGCAACCCACACGCGAGCCUCACGCCAGAGGAGCGCCUCGAGAGGCUAUUCAUGUUCCUGGAGGCCCAGUUCGGCGCAGACAAUGUCGCGCCCAUCGCGGAGCCAAAGCUCCCUCCCGUGCCCAAGGACAUUCCCAAGAAGAAGGAAAUCACCGACGGCGAGGGCGGAGACGCCUCCAUGGAGGACGCCCCAGAGGACGAGGGGCAGGAGGAGGAGAAGGAGCUCGAGGCGCGCAAGAGGGCGGAGCUGGAGCGGCUACACCGACUUGGCAUUCCCGUCCCCGGCGUGGCGAUCAAGGUCGACAAGAUGGCGGCCAAGGUCUGGCUGGAGGACUUGGAAGUCGAGUGUGGUCACAAAGCCUUCGCGGACCGCGUGCGCAGUGUGGUGGAUCGGGCUGUUGAGGUCACCGCGCCGCUGUGGGCCUAG